AUGUUCUCUCGGAUCUCUUCCAUCCUGCAGCAGGCGGUGGAGGCGCUUGCCCCAUCGCUGCCGCUGCAGGAGGACUUUGUGUAUCACUGGAAAGCCAUCACUCAUUACUACAUAGAGACAACCGAUGACAAGGCCCCAGUGACGGACACCAACAUCCCUUCUCACCUGGAGCAAAUGCUGGACAUUCUGGUGCAGGAGGAGAAUGAGCGGGAAUCAGGGGAGACCGGGCCAUGCAUGGAGUAUUUAUUACAUCACAAAGUCCUGGAGACCCUCUACACCCUAGGCAAAGCCGACUGUCCACCGGGCAUGAAACAGCAAGUCCUAAUGUUCUACACUAAGCUCCUCGGGAGGAUUAAACAACCUCUGCUGCCGCAUAUUAAUGUCCACCGACCAGUACAGAAGUUGAUUCGUCUGUGCGGAGAAGUGUUGGCCAAUCCAACUGAGAAUGAAGAGAUCCAGUUCUUGUGUAUUGUAUGCGCCAAACUAAAACAAGAUCCAUAUCUAGUCAACUUCUUCUUGGAGAACAGCCUCGGAGGACUUGGGGGCAAUGUGGAAGUACCUGCUAAUGACACAGGGCAGUCUCCUCCUCCGCCCGAUCCCAGUGUUGGAGCAGAGGCAGAUGGGACUCUGAAUGUAUCCGGAGCUAAUGCCAGUGGUAGCUCUACAGAUGAUGGGGCUGACAGCGGAGUAUCGGCCAAUCAUGUACAGCAGGACUAUAACCUGGUGAAUUCCUUACUUAACCUGACCAAGAGCCCGGAUGGCCGGAUUGCAGUGAAAGCCUGUGAGGGCCUUAUGUUACUAGUGAGCCUGCCUGAACCGGCUGCCGCCAAGUGCCUUACACAGAACACCAGUUUAUGUGAACUGCUCACCGACCGGUUGACUUCCCUGUACCGCGCUCUGCCACAGUCUAUUGACCCACUGGAUAUCGAGACUGUGGAGGGGAUUAACUGGGGUCUAGACUCAUACAGUGUUAAGGAAGAUGCUUCGGCCUUUCCAGGGAAAAGAGCGCUCAUCUCAUUCUUGUCCUGGUUCGACUAUUGUGACCAGCUCAUUAAAGAAGCUCAGAGGAUGGCAGCUGCCACAAUGGCCAGAUCUGUGCGGGAGAGAUUCUUGAUUGGUGUGAUAGAGCCGCAGUUGAUGCAGACGUCGGAGAUUGGCAUUCUAACAGCCACGUCGCUCCUGCACAGGAUAGUGCGACAGGUCACAUCUGAUGCCCUUCUAGAACAGAUUGUCUGUUUUCUGCUGGGCGAGGAUCGAGAUCCUGAGACACUGAGCAGGAUUCAAAAAAUUCCACUCCGCCAUCGUCUGAUAGAACACUGCAACCAUAUCUCCGAGUCGAUCAGUAUUAUGACACUUCGACUGUUUGAGCACCUUCUACAGAAACCCAAUGAGCACAUCCUCUAUAACCUGGUCCUUCGGAAUCUGGAAGAGCGAAACUAUACAGAGUACAAACCUCCCUGUCCAGAAGACAAAGACAUCGUAGAGAAUGGGCAGAUAGCUGGUGCUGUAGAUUUGGAAGAAGACCCAAUUUUUACCGAUAUGUCCCCUGAAAAUACGCUGUCCAAGGAGUGGCUGAGCUCAUCACCUCCUGUCACCCCUGACCACCAGAAGAAUGAUGGGAAGACAGAGGUGCACAAGAUUGUCAAUAGUUUUCUCUGUCUGGUCCCUGAUGAAGCCAAGUCCUCUUACCAUGUAGAGGGCACUGGCUAUGACACUUACCUCAGGGACGCACACAGACAGUUCCGGGAUUACUGUGCAAUAUGCCUGCGCUGGGAUUGGCCUGGCUCAGCGAAGGCCAUUGAAAAGUGCAAUUUAGAGGCUCCAUUCUUCGAGGGACAUUUCCUGAAAGUCUUGUUUGACAGAAUGGGCAGGAUACUAGACCAGCCCUAUGAUGUGAAUUUACAGGUUACUUCAGUGUUGUCCAAACUGUCCCUCUUCCCUCACCCUCACAUCCAUGAAUUCUUGCUGGACCCCUACGUCAACCUGGCCCCUGGGUGCCGCUCCCUCUUCUCAGUCAUUGUCAGGGUGGUGGGAGAUCUGAUGGUGAGAAUCCAGCGGAUCCCAGACUUCACCCCAAAACUCCUGCUUGUACGGAAGAGGUUACUGGGGUUAGAGCCAGACGGGCCGAUAGUUGACCACAUGACCCUGUUAGAAGGAGUGAUUGUCCUGGAGGAGUUCUGUAAGGAGCUAGCUGCCAUCGCAUUUGUCAAGUAUCACAGCUCUACCACCCCGUGA